CUCCCUUCCGCUCAUAAUUAUUUUUUAUUUUUGGUAACUGGAAUUGCCAGCUUGAAGGCAACCAGAGGAAUCCAAGAAAAUUCCAAUCUCCAGUGACUGUUUUUGCAGGGAUGUUAUAUAAAAUUGGGGCGACCUUUGUCACACUAUUAAUUCAGUAAAAUUAUUGCCGCUGAUAAGGAUUCUCAUUGGCACUAAGCUGAAUGGCAUUGUAUUUGCCUUGCUCACCUCAUAGAGAUUGGCCUAUCUUUUCCCUAAAUUCUAGCUUUCUCCCUAGGAAUGCUUCCUUGUUUCUUGGUGAUACUAACAAAAGUUAUUACAGUAGGAACUGCAUAGAACUUUCUAUUUCAAUUUCUUGUUCAUCUAUCAAAACUGUCCGUAGCCCUUCUCUAGACAAGCAUAUUGUGAAGCAAAAUAAGAUAAGAUUUGUUCAAAAGCUGAAAACCCUGCUCCUCUCUAAACCAAAACACUAUAUUCCUAUACAUAUCCUUUCCAAAUGUCGAUCUUACCUUUCCCUUUCAAAGCCUAAGUCUAUCAUCUCAAUGAUUCAUCGUUACCCUUCAAUAUUCGAGCUUUUCUCAAUUCCAAGAGCACCCACACCAUUGAAUGCUACAAAGUCAUAUUCCCAACUCUGUGUCCGUCUAACCCCAGCUGCAGCUGCUCUUGCUUCUGAGGAAUUAAAUUACAAAUUGCUCAUCUCUGAUAGCCUGGCCACCAAACUCCAGAAACUGCUUAUGCUCUCUUCUCACCGACGGCUACUUUUGUCGAAACUGGUACACCUUGCUCCUGAUCUUGGUCUUCCACCCAAUUUUCGUUCUCGCCUCUGCAAUGAUCACUCAGAUAAAUUUAAGACUGUUAACACCUCCUAUGGCCGUGCACUUGAACUUGUCUCGUGGAAACCAGACUUGGCAAUGCCUUUACUCUCCCCGGAAGUUCAAUCAAGUGGGCUGAUAGUAGACAGGCCUUUGAAGUUCAAGCAACUAAGACUACGAAAGGGAUUGAAUUUGAAGAGAGCUCAUCGCGAUUUCCUGAUCAAGUUUAGAGAAAUGCCUGAUGUUUGCCCUUAUAAAACUUCUGUUACGGAGUUUGCUAAAGAAUCCAUUGAGGCAGAGAAGAGAGCUUGUGCAGUGGUGAGAGAGGUACUUGGAAUGACGGUUGAAAGGAGGACUUUGAUAGACCACUUGACUCAUUUUAGGAAGGAGUUUGGGCUGCCCAAUAAGUUGAGGGCUAUGAUUGUAAGGCACCCAGAGUUAUUCUACGUGAGCUUGAAAGGGCUGAGGGAUUCUGUGUUCUUGGUUGAGGGGUUUGAUGAGAAAGGUAUGUUGUUGGAGAAGGAUAGAAGUUUGGAGAUGAGGGAAAAGUUGAUGGAGUUGGUUAGGGAAGGGAAGAGAAUGAGAAGAGAAAGGAAGAAAGCUUGGAUUAACAAUACAGAUAUUGGUGAGUGUAAUGAUGAAAAAGAUGAUGAUUAUGAGGCUGAUGGCUAUAACGAUGAUUAUGAUGACGGUUUGGAGAAUUUAUUUGAAUCUGAAUAUUCAGACUUAGAGGAUGAUGACGACGAAGAGAGCAGUGUGCUCUUGUCUUACAGGGAUAAUGCAGAGUUUUGGGCUGCAGAUGCAGCUUCUUUUUCCAAUAUUUUGGAUGGAGGUCCAAUGGAACCUUGGUAGUAGUGAAGGCCAACACUCGACAAUUUCUGCAUGUCAUCCAACAAUAACAGUAGUAGGGACAAAUUGUUGUAUUGGUAUGGUUAUGUAUCCUUUUAUCAUGGUAUACAAACGGCAGAUGUACAUUCUUGA